CCCGCCAAGCAGAAUCGCGCGCGGAGAAGCGGCCGGAAGGGAGAAAGCUGAGAGGGGAUAGGGAUCUUACAAGCUGAACAGUUCGUUGUUAAAAUGCCCGGCAGAGGAGUAGCGGGAACAGACGAGACGGGGGAGAAGAUGAGGCAGCAUUUGAAGGUUAAAUCUUCAUCUACAAACUCUUCAAAAAAGAUGGUCCAAGCCCGACUGCCUUUCAAACGUCUGAAUCCUGUGUCCAAAGAAGAAAUCUCACAGGAGAAAAAACAGAAAGUAUCCCAUAAUUUGCCCCCUCUUGAUAUUUCUCUUGAGGAUAUGGAAAAUGGCUCUGAAAUUGCAGAGUUUGGUGCUCUCCCAAAAGCUGUAAAUGGUAUGGGGCCUUUGGACAAUUACAUCAGAAGAACAAAAAAAACUUGCCUUGUGACUCCUAGUAUCACUAUUGACUUAACAGAAGAUUCAGUAGGUGGCAUUUUAGACGAGAACCCAUCAAAUGGAAUUGUUCAGUCUAUGCCAACAAUGGGAAAUGUUCCAGUUUGUGGCACACAUAAUUCUGUAGCCUCAGCACACAACUUCAAAGCUCAUGAUACUUUAAGCAUAAAUAGUCCUGAACAUAGUUGCACAGUGUCUGAGUCGAAGAUAACUGAUGAUCAGGGCUUAUCCUCUCACUCUAUGGAGGUUCCUUCAGGGACAGCACUUGAAAAUACUACUUUAUUAACUUCUCCAGUAAAAACUAUUAUUGAUGACCAAGACAUCUCAGCAGAAGAUAGUCCUGCUGGGUUUUCUUCCACAAGCUCUCCAGUUUCAGACAGUUCUCCUGAAGUAUCUUUUGGUAAUCGAAGAGAUGCAAGCAAUUGUGUGUCGCCAACAUGUCUUAAUAAGAGCAAAGAACAGCAAGAAAGGAAACGAAAGCUGCAAGCUGAAAAAGAACAACAAAUCAGAGUUAAAGAGGAGGUAAAGCUUGCUAAGGAGAAAGCUAAGGAGGAAGCCAAGAAAAAGAAGGAAGAAGAGAAGGAGUUGAAAGCAAAAGAGCGUAAAGAGAAAAAAGAAAAGGAGAACCAGGAAAAAGCUGAAAAACUUCGCCUAAAAGAGGAAAAGAAAAAGGAGAAGCUUGAGGUUAUGGAAGCCAAACAAGAAGAAAAACGAAAAAAAGAAGAAGAAAAACGAAUUAAAAUGGAAGAAAAGCGCAUGAAAGCUGAGAAAGCAGAGAUUACGAGAUUUUUACAGAAACCAAAAACAUCUCAAACUCCUAAGACCUUUGCCCAGUCAUGUGGGAAAUUUGCACCAUUUGAAAUAAAGAAGAACAUGGCUGUUGCACCUUUGUGUCGUAUUGAAAUUGAACAGGAAAGUUUGGAGCGAUUGGAUACGCUUUUAGUAGAGCAAAACACAGAGUCUUUAUUUUUGUUAGAAAUAAAAAUCAGGAAACCACGAAGUAUGGGACGGACUAUGAUGCCUCAACUGCCAAUUGUAACCAGUGAAAAUGAAGAUGUGCAGAUUCUAGAGAAUACAGAUGAAUCCUUACAGGAAAAUGUCAUUGUUGAGAAACACAAUGUGAUGGAUCAUAGAAAUAUUAAAAAAAUGAAAUUGUUGCAGUUCUGUGAGAAUUAUCGUCCUGCUUACUGGGGCACAUGGAACAGAUCAAGCACAAUAAUUAAUCCACGGAAGCCAUGGGCACAAGACACUAAACUGUUGGACUAUGAAGUAGACAGUGAUGAGGAAUGGGAAGAGGAGGAGCCUGGAGAAUCACUGUCACAUAGUGAGGGGGAUGAUGAUGAUGAUGAUACUAAGGAAGAUGAUGAAGAUGAUGAUGGAUUCUUCGUACCUCAUGGUUAUUUAUCAGAGGAUGAAGUUGGAGUUUCUGACGAGGAGUGCAAAAACCUAGAAAAUCAGAAGGUCCGACAAAGACUGAAAGCAAAGGAGUGGGACGAGCUACAGUCUAAAGGAAAGAAAAUUCAUAUUUUAAAGCCAUUAGUGAUUGGAUGUGUUUGGUUUGGCAGUGGUUCAACAGAGAUUCACUUCCUUCAGAAAUUUGCUGCGUGUAUAAUAGAUCCUGCUGGUGGUGAGGACAACAUGGUCCAGGAACUUAAUUCCAGUAAGACGUUACAAGAUAGAGAAAUACUUAUGCAUCUCCUUCCAUUGCUACACGGAAAUGUUCAUGGAAGCAAAACCAUAAUUAAGGAGUUUCAAGAGUGCUGUCAACGUGCCAUGUUCUCAUUCAGUGAUGCAGGCAACCCAACAGUUUGCGACUCUGUUAGCCCAAACUCUCGAAAUCAAACAAACAUUAAUAUGCCAUCAAAAGCUCGAUUGAAACGCAUCAUCUCUGAGAAUUCUGUGUAUGAGAAGCGUCCAGAUCAUCGUCUGUGUUGGUAUGUGCACUCUGAUGUGUUGAAAAGCUUCCAACAGGAAAGCCUACCUGUGCCGUGUCAGUGGACUUAUAUCACGCAGGUGAAUUUGUGUAGCAAAGAUGAAAUUGGAAACGGUGGCUGCCAAAUGCAGACAACGUACACAUCUAGCAAGAGAAAAGCUGCUGGUAGUAUGCCGAUCACAAAGUUUAUGAAGAAGGCUAAGGCUUUGGGAACAGUCAGUGAUGUGAUAACAGAGUCGGAUGGCUUUCAGGCAGACACUGAAGAGGAUGAAGAUGACGAUGACUGUUUAGUUGUGGAACAAAUUGGAAAAGAGAAAAGCUCUCCAGGAUCCCCAUGCAGAAUGCAGAUAACUCUGAAAGAAACAGCGACUCAUGCUACGUAACAAGAUUGAAUAUCUAAUGUAAAUAUCUUGCCAUAUAUAUAGUGAGUAACAUCUAUAAACAAGUUUUAAAACUUUUUGUUAAAGAUUCAUGCAGAUCUGAUUAAAAUAGAAAAACUUCAGCGCAUUUUUAAUGUUUUUUUGUCUCUAAUAAAGCAGAAUUUAAAAUACA